AUGCGUGAAUUCAAAGUGGUCGUACUCGGCUCAGGAGGCGUGGGCAAGUCGGCUCUGACCGUGCAGUUCGUCAGUGGCAACUUCAUGGAAAAGUACGAUCCGACGAUUGAGGACUUCUAUCGGAAGGAGAUCGAAGUUGACCAGGCGCCUUGCGUGCUCGAGAUACUCGACACGGCGGGCACGGAACAAUUUGCCAGCAUGCGAGAUUUGUACAUCAAGAACGGACAGGGUUUCGUCGUGGUGUACAGUAUAACAAGUCAUCAGACGUUCCAGGACAUCAGAAACAUGAGAGAACAAAUCAUGCGGGUGAAAAACUCCGAAAGUGUUCCAGUGCUCCUAGUCGGCAACAAGGUUGAUUUGGAGCAUCAGCGAGAGGUGACGCGCGCCGAAGGCGAAGCGCUAGCUCAAAUAUGGAGAUGCCCUUUCAUGGAAGUUUCGGCAAAAUUCAAGUCGAAUGUCGAUGAAAUGUUUACCGAAAUCGUUCGAGAAAUGAAUGUUCUUCCGUCAAAGGGCAAGGGUGAUGGGGUUUGUUGCUGCUGUGUGCUGAUGUGAUAAGCAGAUAAUGGAGGAGAAGAGCUCGUUGGAUGGCAUCGAGUCGCUGCGCGAGCAAGACGCGCUCUGAGGACGGGAGUCCGAGUAUCAACCAAGCGCUCGAUCGAAGCCUGCGACAGCCAACGAUGCAUCCAUCAACCAAUCAAGCCUUCGAAUUCGAGGGUCGAAGCGGAAACAAGGACCUAGUAGACGAUAGAAACAUGUUUUCACAAGUUUAAGUUGCUCAUUUUGUGACCACCAAACACAUUAGAACAAGAAGAUGAGAACAGGAUGACGAAGACGACGCUGCUCGUGGUGGGCCACAGUGUGCGCGGUGAUUCCUCGUGCCGUGCGGGCACGUCGGUCGGUGCCGCUGCUCCGCGGCAGAAUCGUCUGAAGACCCGCUGUGCGUUCCUGAACGAUCAUGUGUCGAAUAGUUCACCGGUGAUCUGUCCACAUCUGUUUGUAGUAAAGGGUCUGGCGCUCUUAAACCAUCUAUUAAUCUCUCCGAGACACUCCUACUUCUCUGCUUGCUAUGUGAGGCUGCUGACCGUUUGUUUGUCUAUUCGGACGUCUGUCUGUCUGUCGAUGUCGAUCCAUCUAUCUGCCGUUCUGCACUCGAAGGCGAAUCGUUUAAUGUAUUUACGAAUUUGAUCGACUUUGAGCUUUCGAAUCCUUGGGGGCGCGUACGGAGUUUUGUAUCGCUCCGGCACCAUCCGAUCGAUAUCACAACUUCCGCAAAUUUUCAUUCUUCAAUGGAGAGAGAAAAUCGCU